AAUGGGAGAUUGGUUAGAACAUAGAACAAGGAUAGCACAUUAAGCAAAGAUAGAGAAAUACAACAAUAGACUAUAGUAACAUGAACUGGUAUUAAAUAGAAUACCAGAUAAAUCAGAAUUGAAUGCAUUUGAACUUAAUAGACAGAGAUAAUGAAAAAAAUUACUAUAAAUCUAGACUCAAUAUAAUAAAAAUAAGGCAAACAGAAACGCUACAGGCUGGAUACAAAUAGAGCGAGUGAGAUACCAAACUACAACUAUUUUGAU